AAAGAACUUAUUUUUUGGGUGGCCUGAUUUUUCCGUGUGGUAUUUUGAAUAAAACUCAAAUGUGUAUGUUUCUGUUUCACCGUGUAAAUCAUUCGUCUGUUCUGUCAAACAAACGUCUAAAAUAAUCACCGGACUGUCAUGCGGGUCGUGCGAGCAGCCAAUCAAAUUGUGUCAGAUCACCAUCCAGUUCGCCGCUGUAAUUCCGAUUAUUAUUGGUAUUUUUCUAGUCCUGUGAAAUCCGUUUCGUGUCGACGACGUGACCCAUCAUCCUCCGGAAGAUUUCCUGUUGUCCGCGUGCGAAACAGUUUUGUGCCAGAGCGAUGAGUGAUAUCGAGGCGAAGUUUUUCGUUCGGUCGUUUAUACGCUUCCUGAACGGGCAGCUGGAGCAGCCAAACUUCAGCUCCGAUUCCCGGGAGAGCUUGGAAGUGGCCAUACAGUGCUUGGAGAAUGUCUAUGAAAUCGGCCAGGAGGCGGAGGGCGACAACAGCCAGGAAAAUCCCCUGAAUCAUAUCGACCUGUUCGAAGUGUACCGAAGCACUUUCACGAAUGUCACCCCGGAACGGAAACAGGAAGCGGAGAACCUGAAGAACGAAGGAAAUCGGCUGAUGAAGGAAGAGAAGUACCAAGAAGCGCUGAACACGUACAGCAAAGCCAUUAGCCUAGAUGCCACAAAUCCCGUGUUUUACUGUAACCGUGCUGCGGCAUACAGCCGGCUGGGAGACUACCAAGCUGCCGCGGACGAUUGCCGUAUGUCCCUGCGAUACGAUCCGAACUACAGCAAAGCUUAUGGUCGCCUUGGAUUGGCCUAUUCAAAGAUGAACAAGCACGAACAGGCCCUGGAUGCGUACCAGAAUGCCCUCCGGAUCGAACCGGAUAACCAGGACUACAAAAAUAACAUGGGCGUCACACAGCAGCGACUGGAAGAACUCAGAUCGGCACCGGGUGGUGCAGCUGGUGCUGGAGGUUUGCCAAACCUGGGAGCCGGUGGUCUUGGUAAUUAUGAUUUUGCUGCAGCCCUGAAUAACCCAGCACUAGUCAAUAUGGCCACCAGGAUGAUGAGCGAUCCCUCGAUCCAAAACAUGCUCGGUCAGCUCAGUGGCAUGCAAAAUGUGGAUGCGCUCAUGGAAACUGGACGACAGCUGGCAAUGCAGAUGACCAGCCAAAAUCCGGAUGUCUUUGCCAACGUGAUCCGCCAGAUGGAACAAUCUGGAGUUGUUCCGCCAGGAAGCACUCCAGGGGCCAAUCAGAACGGUGGUGAUGGCAAUAAUGAUGGCCAACAGCAGCCUCCUUCAGCAGAUUCUUAAAUACCCUACACCUAGACGACGCGGACAAAUGAUUUGCGAGCAUGGUGAAGGACGCGAAUCAUAUUAGAAGAAUAGAGCGGGCGAAACCCUUCCAAAAUGUAACGAUUUAUUGCAAUUAGGCACUACGUUUUCUAAGUGUGCGUUUGUAGGAGCUAAUCUUUUAUGUUGAAACAGUAGAAAUAGUUAUUUACGACCCUCGGUAGCACAUCGGAUAAUUUUGUGUUUCCAAUAAUAUUUGUUCAGUUUAUCGGUGCAACAAUAACUUGUUUCAAUUUGAAAAUAAAAAUAAAAUAAUCCAAAACCUAUUUUACCAA